AUGUUUUCAAAAAAGAAAAAGAAGCCACUUAUUUCUCCACCGAGUAAUUUUGAACAUAGAGUCCACACUGGUUUUGAUAAAAGAGAAAAUAAGUUUGUUGGCCUACCUUUACAGUGGGCGUCACUUGUUGGCAAUAAUCAGAUAUUAAAAUCAUCAAAUCGGCCUUUGCCAUUAGUGGAUCCCUCAGAAAUAACACCAACAGAGAUUUUAGAUCUUAAAACAGUUGUACGAGGUGACCACAGGACUACAUCAGUUGCUGCCAUAUCAAGACCCACAUCCACAAACCCAAUCACACAACCGGUACAAAACGGCGUCAUACUACCAAAGACGUCCAAUGUUGCACGCUCCAAUUCAUUGCGAAGUUCAAGCCCGCCGCGGAUCAGGCGGGAUUUGAGGAGUCAGGCAAAUAUACCACCAUCAGUCCCAGAAGAAUUACCUGUACAACCACCGCAGUAUCCUAGCCUGCGUCGUGAACAGAGCAAUUAUACACUGAACCAGCCCAUAGGGGAAUCUCCAGUUGAAUGGUCUCAUGCCCAUGAAGCAACUGUACGUUCAAUAAACGAUGCCAAUGAUAACCCACAGUCGACAACCUAUCAAAAUAUCCAGAAUGCCAACAUACCUUAUCAGCAUCAUAACCAUCCACCACCGCAACCUGUUGUGCAGCAGCCGCUUGGUAUGAAUGGAAACAUGAAUAUGGGUGAUUCAUAUGGAAGCGGCGUUCGACACCAGCACGCAGGUGCUCCGCCCCCCGCGCAUUUGCCCCUCGCUGCUUCUAAGCACGAGCUACGUUUAACUCACGAACAGUUCCGUGCAGCUCUGCGCUUAGUGGUGAGCGAUGGAGAUCCAAGAGAAACGUUGACUGGCUUCAGCAAGAUCGGCAAAGGAAGCACAGGGGUCGUAUGCGUCGCUACAGAUACAAGAACGCGACGUCGGGUAGCCGUGAAAAUGAUGAACCUUCGCAACCAACAGAGACGAGAGCUUCUGUUUAAUGAAGUGGUGAUAAUGCGUGACUACCCUCAUCCGAACAUAGUGGAAAUGUACGCGUCGUACCUCGUUGGUAAUGAGCUGUGGGUAGUUAUGGAAUAUAUGGCGGGCGCGUCGCUUACACAGAUAGUCACACGUGCGCGUAUGGACCCUGAACAGAUUGCAACGGUGUGCAAACAGUGCUUGAAGGCAUUGGCAUUCCUCCAUGGGCAAGGUGUGAUCCAUCGGGACAUCAAAUCUGACUCAAUCCUCAUGACGGCAGAUGGACGUGUAAAGCUAUCCGACUUUGGUUUUUGUGCCCAAGUUUCACAAGAACUACCAAAGCGUAAAUCGCUCGUGGGCACGCCAUAUUGGAUGUCUCCGGAGGUGGUGUCUCGACUACCUUAUGGGCCUGAAGUGGAUGUGUGGUCUCUGGGUAUAAUGGUCAUCGAGAUGAUAGAUGGCGAACCUCCAUUCUUCAAUGAGCCACCGUUACAGGCCAUGCGACGCAUACGCGACAUGCCACCGCCUCGACCGCGCGGCGCUUCCCGUUGCCCCCCGGACUUACUAUCUUUCCUGGAGUGUGCUCUGGUCCGUGAUCCGGCGCAGCGUCAUUCUGCUGCACGUUUGCUACACCAUCCGCUACUGCGUCGCGCUGGUCCGCCCGCGCUACUCGUGCCGCUAAUGCCGCAUUGA